GUAGCAGCAGACGCUACUGGAACUACCUAACGCCACAUACACGACAAGCGAGGGAGUCCAAGCACACCUCAGGAUCUCAAACCAAACGAGACCCCUGCCAGGAUGUGCUGCUGCAUCACCCACUGGCGCCUGACUACGCUCGUCAUUGCAGUCCUCAGUUUGCUGGGGAAUGUCAGUGUCCUCGCAUUCAUAGUGGUGCGGAACUUGAGGAUGACGAAUGCGGUUUUGCUCAACUUCUUCAAAAAUAAUGGAUCAGCCCCAGUGGUGAUGCUGGCUUUGAUGUUGGUGGUGUCCAAUGCGGCCAUUCUCCUGGACAUUGUACUCUUUAUUGGCGCUUUCAGACGCUGCCGAGAUCUGGUGCAGUGCUGGUUGCAUGGCCACGUCGUGGUGACCGGGGCCUACCUGGUCUACUUCUGGCUGGUGCUGACAGAACUGUUCCUCACUGGCUCCGUUCAGACUGGCUACUUCAUUCUGGCUGCAAACAUUCUCGGCAUAGCUGUGACCGUGUGUUUCUGGAUGAUGGUGCGUAGCUACAACCUCGAGUUGCAGCAGAACUUCUUGAGUACAGUGUCUGGGAGUUGUCGUCCAUUGAUUACCAACAGUUGCGUCCCAGCACCAUCGCAGCCGAGUGAUCCGUGAGACACUGAGAAGCUCUUGCCAGGGACACUUCAUUCUCCCCAACCAUGUACCAGUAAUAUCUAGACCCGACGUACAUUUGCCACAGCUCCCGAUUUCAGAUUAUCUUCCGCUGACAAUCGUUCACAGUCUCACAUCCGACAUAUACUGUACGAGCCAUUGGAUUAACUUACAGGCUGAUAGCUGGCCACCUGGUAUACGCUACAUGCUCAAAGAUUCGAGAGUUACGUGUGCACUGAAAAUGAAAUAGAAUGUGGACUUGCAGAUUAAACCGGGGAGGGCAGUGGUGGUCAUAGCAGUUGAAGCAGCAGCUAUAGUGAAUGCUUCUACCUAACUCUUGGUAAAACGCUAUCUGUAUAUUGGAGUACUUACAUAUAAAGGUUACAUAUCCAGUUCAUCCGUACGCGCAGUUUCGUGCCUUACGCAGUGAUCUAUGAGUCUCCAUGUGCUUGUUGACACCUUGUGGAGCAUCUCAGGAGCUAUACUUGGGAAGGAUUCCUGGAGAUUUGUGUGCAAUACUUCACUAAUCUUGUACUGACGUUGAGCCAAAAAGGAAAUGAUUCUUCCCCCAUAAUGACCUGUCUGGCGUGGCAAAGUCUGGGCUUGAAGGUGGCCAUUUCAGUGGGGCUGGAGAUGUUGCUGUACCACAUCUACUACAGUAGGCCCAAAGUUGUUUCUCGAUGAACUCACGCAUCUGAAUAUCAAAGUUUGUUGGAGCUCUGUCUUGCUGUAAACACAUGUGAUCCUUGAUCCUCUUGUCUUCGAGCUGAGCAGGGAUACUAAUAAAACAACUAUUUAUUUCUUCCCUUCUGCAGGGGCAAGAGAGUUACGGCGACUUCUCCAAAAGCCAUAGAAAUCAGGCAACAUGGCGAGUAUGUGGCGCCAGAGAAAGAGCUGUGACUGUCUUACAGAUGGGCCCUACCACGCCACUAAAGACGUCAACCUCCAACUUAUUUUUAACGAAGCAUAACCACAGACAUAACAGGAAACUUUAAAUACUGUCUCCGAUCAUCAGGAAACGAGUUCGCCCAAAACACUGCUAGCGAAAUUGUCACUGCACCAAAUCGUGAGAUGUUUGGCAAGGUCAGUUUGUGAUACCAUACGGAAAUAUUUAGAUUAUGCUAACGAUCCAUUUUUUCAACUUUGGCGAAAAUCUUCUGCUCCUCAGACAUUCAAAUCUGAAUGCAUGUUCCAGAAAACCUUGAGCUGAAGUACUAUGGUAAAUAUACUUAAUUUGUCCUCAAAUUAGGAAUCAAUAAAUGCUUUAAUCUUCUUCUUUUAGUAUAGCAAUGUUAAAAACGUAUAGUGAGUGAAAAGUUAGCUUUGAACCAAAUACAGCUCAGUCACAAUCAAAAUAACUUCAUUCUAGUCUUCACGUUUCGAAUACCCUUAUCCCACCAUAAGGUCACAUCCUAAGCUACACGAUACUUCUUUUAAAAACUAUGGACUCUGAUGUUUUAUUUCCUUUCUCACAUAAUUACAUUUGCCGUGAUGAUCGUACUGUGGUCCAAAAAUUGUAUGGUGCAGCAUAGUUAUUUUACUUGAGCUGAAAGAUAAUUUGCUCGGCUGCAAGGAAAAAUACAAUGUGGACUUGAAAAAUGACAGCAUCAACACAGAGAUUAUUAGAUAGGAUGCAGAUGAAAAAUCGAAAUCGGUGCUGUUUUUAGGAUGUCUGUAGAAGAUUCUUGGUUCUAUCCUAAGAUUCAGGCGAAUCUUUUGUACUCAAAGAUUUCAAUGCAACAGUGCAACAAACAUUGACAUGUUCCAUCUACCAAUUAGAUGUCUCUCCAGAAUCUUUCAUUACGUCACAGACACGCGACUAAGACUGAAUGUUUUACGUUUUAAGGUACCGAAUUUUAUAGCUAACAGAGUCGCAAAUAGUUACGAAAAGCCAUUAAAGUUUUCUACAGCUUGCCUUGUUCCAGUGGGCUUUAAUCCAAAUAACAGAAGAAAUUAGAUUUAGUAAUUAAUCGUGCUAUCAGGCAGUAAGUUCAUACCAUGGAGAACGGCAACACAGGGACCUCUGGAGACGCAGUGAAUCAGGGUUUCCACGAAUUUCCAGACGCACCAGAGCUGUCGCACCUUUCGCCCAAUAGAUUGGGCUUUUCUUGUCUUAUCAGCAGUAGAUUGCGUAAGACGUAUAAUUCGAUAAUUUCUUGAAUGUUAUCACCAAAUUUCUUUAGCAUGCUCUAUAAACAGUACAGAAGUUACUUAAGGUGGGAAAUUUCCCGAUAAUGAUCUGACAAUCAAACAAGAGUGCACAAUAUACACUUUAUAGGGCAGCUUACGGCAACAUAUAUAUUAACAUAUUUUGAAAGUUCCUGCAGAUGUACGCAGGAGCACAGAAUCAUAUGAAAGUGGAACGUGGACUACAUGAAAUCUACAGAAGGAACUGGAGGUAUUGCAAAUUUUGCACAAUCUAAGAAUUGCGAUAAACUAAAAAAAAACGGCGACGAAAGAAAUUCUUUAUCUAUUUGAAUGAUCUCCACUUAAUAUUCUUAAGCAGAACCGGUGACUUUUGCAGACAGUUCCCCUUUUGAGAGAGAGAGAGAAAGCGAUAGAAGAAACUGUUAAAGGUUUGUCAUUAAGUGGUUCUUUGAAAAUGAGUGUCUCAAAAUUUUUGAGAAGACACACUAUAUUCAGUUAUUUACAACAUACUGUCACGUCAAUAAUUGAUCCAGAACAAGAACAGGACUUAGUAAAAGGGCUAGAAUGCUCCAAAUUUCUGGAUGUACAUACUGAUGAAAACUUUAAUUCGAAGGAAGGUAUUACUGAGCUGCUCAAACAAGUUCAAAUUCUUUUCCUCUGUAUUAUUGCUAGUCCUCAAAACAAACGCAUUAACCUCCCAAUGUUCUGUCUAAUUCCGUUCAGUCAGGUGUUGGGAAUAAUUUUCUGGUGUAACUCAUCAAAUAGCAGAAAGAAUAACAUGUGGCGUUCACACAGUCAUAUUGUGGGUAAGUCUUCAAGGAUUUUGGCAUUUUAACUGGACUUCCACAAUUCACACUCACACAGUUAAAAAAACCAAUUGAUUUCAUGAAAUAGCAGAAUACCUAAAAUAAACAGGGAUCAGUAUUAAAAUGAUAAAUGAAAGAGACAAAUUCAAAAGUAAAAUUAUGAACACGAAAUUUGAAGUAAAAAAUAGAAGGAAACAGCAAAGUGUGGACGGUCCAAAGGAAGCAGAAACACAACCAAAGAAUGAAGAAGAGCUUUUGGGAAAAGAAAAUGAAGAAAGAAACUAGAAAAAAAUGAAUAAUCAUGUAACAUUCAUGUAACCACUGUCCUGGAGCGAAAAAGGUAAAGCUAUAUACACAGAGUGCUAAAAAAAGACUCGAAUACUUUGAGAUGUGGCAGUACUCACCGAAACAAGAAAUGUAAGUCCAAUAAACAUAGGUCUGGAAAUGCAUACUUUCUGCGAUAAACACGUGUUUACAGGAGGUGUUCAACGUGGCGUCCAUUUAUGACAGUUCACCCUUCUGCCUUCUGGUGUAAGGUAUGACACACCCUUUGAAGUAUACCCGAUUCUUAUUGUACCUGCUGGCAUGCAUUGAAGAUGCGACCCUGUACUGUCCGCACAUCGUUAAUUGGCGUUGCAUAGACCAUUUCUUUCAAGUGUCCCCAUAAGCUAGUCUAGGUGUGAGGGCCCCCUCCACCAAUCUAGUGGUCUUGAAAUGUCUGCAUCAGAUAUUCGUACACAUUGUGACGAAAGAAUGCUGGUGCGCCAUCUUGUAUAAAGACAUUUGUACUCCUUGCGGCAGCGGUACAGACUCCAGCAAAGUAGGUAUACAUUAAUGAGAAAGUCCAGAUAAUGUGAUCAUGUGGUAGCACGUAUGGCCCUUUUAAUCUAUCGCCAAGUAUGCCCGACCAUACGACGAUUCAGAAUUGGUUUGACGCCCUCUUUCUUGGUUUACAUCUGCGGACUGGGUGGGAUCUUCUACUAUCAGUUCUCCAAGGUACCUGUGUUCCUCAGAUGCUGAAAAGUCUGUCGAACAGCUUAUUACGGGGCACUUUGGUGUGAGAAUAUUUUUCAGCAUAGAGGUCAUGGGCUACGUCAAUUUUCUAAAGCAUAGCAGAAUACCACAUUCCCCUUUUCACUUCCAUUGCUAACGAGUGGUGGAAGAGAGAAAAUGUAAAUGUACUACACCAUUUGCCCGUACAGAAAGCUCAAUAACAGUUAACACAUAAAUGAAUCCUUUUGGAAGAAGUUAAAACACCAUGAUACAUACCCAGGGUUGACAGAACCGUACAAUAAGGCACACAAACAUGACAGAAAAUAAUGUAGCCUGAAACAUAUUCGUAUUUAUUAGUGGAUUUUGAAGUAAACUAAUGCACAGUCAUAUUCAGAGUAAAAAUUCAAGAUUAUAAAACUCAGUAUUAUUAAGCAACCUCAUUCCUUUUCACUUCAGUUUAACACACCCACCUUCAAAAACUGAUAAUUGUAACCACUAGCUAAUUCAUAAUAUCCAUUUGGUAAAAUAAUUUUAAAUUCGUUAUCAAGCUCCAUUCAUAUAUUUUCUACAUGUGUAGUACUCAAAUAUUCACAACCUGUGAUGUAAUAUGAUCCAUUGACUUAUAACUCACUAACCUUUCUAAAAGAAUUAGAACUGCUUGCAUUACUGAGCUUCCUCAAAAAGGAUUCCACUUUUAUAGAUUAAAAAUUUAAUAACUCUAUAGAUUUUUAAUCUUCUCAAUGUGACUAAUGUGUAGGAUGAAUUAAAUUUUGACUUUUUCGUUGAAAGAAAUAAUAAAUUAAGAGGGGAACAAGUUGAAUAUAAUAUCUGCAAAGAAUAUUUUAAACCAUCUUUAACUAUAGAAUGAGGGUCAUACUUACUGUAUGGAUGUCUUAAAGCAAAUUUAUAGAGAUGUAGAAUACAAAAUAAGAUUUGUUAGUCAUGAGGAAAGUGAUAUAGAAACAUGGAAAGAAAUAUAAAAGUCAGAUUAUCUCCUUUUUAUGACUGCAAAACAAUAGCAAAUUACAAUUUGCUAAUGAAUAACUUACCAAAACUAUUACAAAAUUGUAUUAAAAGCUAUUCAUUAUUUUUAAAAGUUUCUCAUUCAAUAAGUAGAGCUUUUGAAGAAAGAGAGUAUAAUAAAAUUUUACUAGUAAAUUUAUUUCAUUUGCAUAAGAAAUGUGCCAUGGAUUUUAUGUUUACCUUAGAAAAGAGAAGAGCUUUUUCAAUAUCCAGAGUCUCCAUUUAUAAAGAAAAUUUUUUAUUUAUGUUUUCCUUAUUAAAUUAGAUAUUUUAUAAAUUGACUCAGAAAACAACAAAAAUUCUACAGGGGUUUAUACUGUUGAAAAGAUAGCAUAAAUGAUGUAUAGUACACAUGAAUUAAGGUGUUUAUUUUUUAAAUAAUAUAAUGAUUAUGAAUGUGGGAACUGUACAGAAGAUGAUAAUGAUGAAUAAUGUCCAUAUUGUAAAGUAUUUAUUUUACUUUUCAAUACAUAUGUUUCUUCAUCGUGACAACUCAGUGCUUUUUUGUCUACAUCAACUGCAUAGCUUUCAUGUUUUUCACUUCAAAUCAAAUUCAUUGUCCUUUAUUGUUGUAUACUGCUAAAUAAAUAAUCUUUA